AGCCUCGAGAACAUCCGAAUCCACAACCACUACAAAAACUGCAUGGGCGAGUGUGUGCAUGUGUGAGCAAGUAUAUGUAGUAGUAUAUACUUGUAUAGCAAAUACGCACUCACGGUGGAGCAGAGUUGUGGAACAAGAGGCAACAACACUAAAGGCGACAGCUCGAAAACCAAACACCUCGUCAGCUGGACCCAGACGCGGAAGCAGCCGUAGAUUUUGGCGUCGCCAGGAGCAAUUCCAGUAGCAUUGGACCCAUCAGUAGUAGCAACCUCCUCGAAAAAAGAAAAGAGUAAGUUUACAGUAAAGAGGAGACAAUAAAUAUGACACUGGCCAGUCAAAACUACUCCAACGCCCUGGAGUGGAUCUGUGAGAGGAAACCCGCUCCUGUUCUACUGCCAUGAACUCGGCCACCUUCCAAAGGUGCCCGAAUCUGCUUGCUCCUGGUCAUCCUCCGCCCCAAGUUCCAACCAACCAACCAACGCAACGUCACAAACAACCAUUUUACGCGAAAAUCAAGAAACAACGCUUGUUGCAGUUCCUCCUGUCCUUAUCCUGGUGAACCUCAGUUGAACUAAGUCAAAACACACUCAAGAAACCGUGAUUGUAAACGAAAGUAGCCACUCAACCUUGUUCCUCAAUUAACCUCCUAUCCGGUUAACCUCCUACAAUUGUACUAUGACUACAUCUUCUAAGAAUGAUAUCAAUUAACACUACAGUAACUACUUCUUCUACAACAACUCAUGCAACUGAACUAGAAGAAGAGCAAAAUAUCCUGUGAAUCUUGCAAAAGUGAAAGCAAAUGCUCUACUCUGAAGUGAUUGUGCCACAAUAUCCAACGCAACCGGUGACAAGUUCCUAUUUCCAACCAACCAAUUGCAAUUCAACCGCAGAUCUACCUGAUCUGUUAUACCCGUGCCUCUAUCUAUCCCAAGGCACGGCAAAAAUCAGCUAUAAAAUCAAUCUGGCUCUCAUGAGAAUACUAUAUGCCUACAAUCUUGUGUGCUCAUGUGAAACCCUUUCUCCCGUGAUUCGUUCUUCAUUUGCCGUAAAUUGUGACGAAGAAAGCCCUUCGCGUCCGUCGCCUCUCUCCCCUCCCUCCGGCGGCCGAACUCAAAGCUCGUGGUGCCUUGCAAAACAUUGGUAAUUGAAGAUAUUGAUGCUCUCUCAAUCUUGCUCUCAGCCUCGGUCUCCCCUAGUAAUCUGUUGUGGAUUCCUCUAUUUGGCAAAAAACUGAUCAACAACGUCAUCCAUCGCUCGAGGUCACUCGUCGUUGCCAUCCUCCUCAGUUUGCCACGACCUCGCAAACGACAAGAAUUUCACCCGUUAACGAUCAACGAGAGCAGCGCCACAGUGAUCAUUGCAAGACGAGAAAACGAACCCAUAAAACAUAUUUUUCUCGUGCGAAACAAAAUACGUACCUUCUUAACCACCCUGGUAUAUACCGUUGGUUCGCGUCUUCAGUCUCGCGACAUUGUCAGCCAAACCAAUCGCGAUCUCAUAUCUUAACGAAGCAUCAUAAAUCUUCGGGAAUCCUUCGUCAAUGAUCAGGAAAAAAACAGAGCUCUCUCUCUCUCUCUCUCUGUCUUGUUCACUCUCUGUUAAUUUUUUGAGUAAAAGUGUAUGUCGUGUGUGAGUGAGAGAGAGUACGUGUGUCUUUCGCCAUCUUAACUACUCCCACUAGUACCCACCUCCACGAGAAUCACCAAACAACCGAUACCUUUGGUGAAGUGAGUAAAGGAAUUAGUGUCGGGAAGAUUUCAUUGCCCGAAUCAAUUUUCUCCAAACAAGGUGCAUUUUUGCCAUCACCUUGAUCCAGCCCGACGAUUUGGGAAGAACAGAAAAAUAAAUCUCAACGCCGUCUUGGUUGUCUGUCGUCUGGCCGACUCGGUGGCCGGCAUUGUUUCCCCCCUCCGAGAACAACUUCAUCCUCCUCCCAAGCAUCAGACGUGGACACCCACGAAAAUAACUAUGGUGUGUUGCUGAGAAGCUGAGGAACCCAUUCGAAGUGAUGGUUGGAUGGAAUUCGCGAUUUCGACUUCCACCGAUAACCUCAUUCAUUCCCUUGAUAACCCAACAGGGAUAAACCACAACAUGAAUUAUGGUUCUCCAUCCGGGCUUCACCCUCAACAGGGUGGCCAAGGGUUCUAUGGGGGAAAUGGGGGAAUUGACGGCGGCAGUCAAUUCCAAUAUCCCCACAUGGCCGCAUUACCUUACACUCCAGGAAUGGGUAAUAACCCUUUUCAGGGUGGUGGGGGUGCCCCCGGUGGUGGUGGCAGUGGACCAAGUGGGCCCAACGGGGGACCAAGUGGAGUCGCCUCACCGGGUACCCCUCUCACCUAUGGUAAUCAAAACUCUCCUUUUUCACCCAAUGGAUCUGGAGGCCAAGAACACUCGCAGGGGUAUCCAACGAGCCCCUAUUACAGCAAUGCUGGACCCAGUGGGAUGUGCUCCACCACCACUGGAUAUUACUCGUCCCCGAAUCAACGUCAUAUGCAUCACGGUUCAAGUUCCUUUUCUUCUCAUGUCCCAUUUGGACCAGGCAUUCACGGCUCGCACGACGGCGGUGAAGGCCCCAUAUGCGGUGACGGGCUCAUGAGACCUCCCCAAACCUCACCUCAAAUCAUGGGGCGCCCAACGGGCAUGGGCGGAGGCCCAAGUGAUCUCAAUAACAAAUUUCAACCUGAUUCCUUCUCCCCCAGAGGCUUUCCUGGCAACUACAAUAAUGGCUUCUCUGAUGGGACCAUCCAUGGUGUAUUUUCUCCUGGAGGAACGCCUCACACUCCCAAGCCAGCCGGAUCUGAGCUGAGAGCCCCCAUGGGUCCUGGGUCGUCUCCUCAUAGCUUGGGCUCCCCAAGGGUGCCCAAGAAGGAGGAGAUGACGCCGGAGUUUGAUAAUGGACCACAACGAACAAUGACGACUAGUGGUGACAAUAGCGGCCGAGACUCUCGACCCAUUACCCCCUCUUCCUCUCGUAAUAACAUCCCAACGUCGAUAUCUCAUCCUGUGAAAAGUGAACCUGGUGAACAUUCAACCCUCGAGACACAAGAGGAUCAACAACAACAAGACUUAAAGCCUGGUGAUAGUAUUUCGUCUUCUCAUGCAUCUUCCCCGCAUUCCGUGGUUGGUAAUGUCAACCCUAGUGAUACCGGACGAACCAAACUCUCAGAGAGAUACGGUACCGCCAGUGGUAUGGGUGGCUCCAGGACAAUUCAGAGUGAAAAUCCACAACCAAGUGAGCCCUCUCCUACUCUAAGUGCUUCCAACUCAUCUCCUUUUGAAGGAGGCAAAAACAAUUUCAACAAAACCCGUCAUCCUUCCACAUCAGAUGGUAACAACGAUCACCACUCGUUCAUGGACAAUUUAGAGGCCAUCUCAGAGUUGCCGGAUAUCCCUGAGCUUAAGUUCAAUGAAAACUCCCAAAGUGGGUCAAACUCAUUCGGAGAUGUUUUGAACGCAGGGCCACCCACGGGCCCACCUGGGUCUGGUUUACCCACCAACCCCCACCAUCCUCCACAGGGUCCUCCUCCUCCCCUUCAUCAUCAUCAUCAUCAACAACAACAACAACAGAUCCACCAACAUCCCCAUUCUCAUCCCAUGGGUGAUCAAGAAGGCGAUAGCAACACCCCCUCCUCCGUCUCUUCUUCCUACAUUGGCCAAAACCAUCAAGUCAUGGGUAAUAACGGUGCGGGUGCCAUGUUUGAAAAUUACAAUAUGGGACAUCAACCACAGCAGAACAUGUCAGACGGUCCGAUGCAGACACCCUUCUCGAUGUACAUGAGUUAUCCCGGGCAACAAAUGUGGGACUACAACUACCAACAUCCAUACCCACAGCAAGCUGGAGGCGUGGGAUCAAGUGGAAAUGGAGGUGGCGGGCAUUCAGAUGGAAUUGGAUAUCCUCAAGGCCUGAGCAAUGUAGGAAUAGAUGGGAGUGGCAUCCCUCCUCAUUCAAAUUGGUGGGCAAAUAAUGGACCAGGAUUGCCUCGGACACCAUCCCCGUCGGAAAUUAGUCCUGGAAAUACUGGCGGAUUUCGCAUGCCGGGUGGCGGUGGACCAUUGCCAGGCCCAUGGGCUAUGAGGGGCAUGCGAGCCCGCCCAGACAACCGCCGGGGUGGAAUGACGAGGGCACGUUUGGGUACUCCCGGGUCCCCAGGUUCUGGAGUCUCUGACCUAAGCGGCCCAUAUAUCCCUGGUUCCGCUUUUCCUGGUAGUCCAGACAUGGGGAGCAUGGAUCUGAGACCUGGUUCUCCCAUUCCCAAAAGUCGGAAGCGACCUGGACCAGGACGACCCAGGGGAGGCAUUUCCCCCUCGGUGGUUUCGAGUUUAUUGGAUCCAAACAAUCCUGUAGUUUCGCCUCUGGAAGGAGGACCAGAGCCGAAAGCUUCCAAAAGUAGCACCAAUGCCAACAAAAAGAAGUACACUUGUGAAAUUUGCCAAAAGCGAUUUUCCACUGCUUGGUACGUGCGAGUGCAUAGGCGAUCGCACAAUGGUGAGCGGCCAUAUUCUUGCCACAAUUGCGGUAAGGGGUUUAUGCUACCAAAUGUUCUUCAAGUACAUUUGCGCAAGUGUGAGAAGAACAAUGCUCCUCAACCAGGCGCUGGAAUGAGUGGCAUCCCUCCGGAUCUGGCCUCGCCAAGAAUGCCUCCAGCUGAAGUAUCUGCCCCUUCCCUCCAUCCACAGUCUCCCCCUCAAUCGUCACCUUCGCUCUUGAUCCCUGGCCCUUUGAUGUCCCAAACGUUCGAUGACCCAUCUCGCAUGCAAUCACAGCACCAACUACCUCAAGGACCGGGGGGUCCUUAUGGAGGAAUGCUGGUUGGCGGUGGGGGUCCUCCACAUACUUCUUAUAACCAAAGAUUCAUGGGAUACCCUCCUCCUCACAUGGGCGAAAUGGGAGGCCCACCUUUUAAUCCGGGGCAUGAUCCCACUCUUCAAGGUUCCUUUGACAUGACUCCACCUCAAAGUCAUCCUGGAAGCAUAGGUGGCGGGAGCUCCAGUCCCAAUCAACAAGGGCAAUAUCCACCUGGGCUGUACUCGCCAGGCAUCGGCCGGCCACCUCCCGCCAUGUCCUCCUCCGGGGACACGAUACCUUCGAAUUCAUCACCCACGUCGAGUCAUUUUUUAGCCAAUGACCGUCCACCUGACAAGGGAGGUGGAGAGGAGAAAGCAUGUCCACCCGGGGUUAACCCGGAGCUUUACUGCAAUUUGUGUGAGGUCCAGUUCGAUGACAAGACGGGAUUGGAAGAGCAUCUCAAAUCACAUCGACCAUACUCUUGUGAAGUCUGCGAGAAACGGUUCUCUCAGAAAUGUAAUCUCAUCACCCACAUCCGACUCCACACAGGGGAGAAGCCCUAUCUGUGCUCAUUCUGUGAUAAGCGGUUCACUCAGAAAGGCAAUUUGGAUGCUCACGUCAAAACGCAUACCAAGGAAAAACCCUACCCUUGCUCCCAAUGUGGCAAGAAGUUCGCGUUUAAGUCGUCCAUGCUGGCCCACGUCAAACAAACUCACGGGAGUCUGGGUCUCGAAUGGGACGAGGAUGAUAUCUGCAGUAUCAAGCAACACUUGAAGUUCAACAAUUCCACACCCGAGUACAUUCCUGCCACGUCUUUGACCCCGCCGGUGACUUCGCCUCAUAAUUAUUCCUCGGGCAUUCCCACGCCCCAGUCCUCCUUGGAUUCGAUCCCAGGCUCAGUCCCACCUCCAGGGUUCAACCCGUAUCACAACCAACACCAUUAUAUGUCAGCGUCCGCUCUCGACACGCCCUCAACUCCUCAAAGCACCUUGCCCAAUUGUGAGAGCGACUCGAAUGAUCCAUCCGGAUUCCACUUGCAUCUACCCCCUCAGCCUGUCUUGUCAUCGUCAGACCCUCCCCCCGACAUGACGAACCACAUAUCAAAGCUAGCCUCAUUGGCCGCAUCUACCGGGGUGAGGGGAGGAGGACCUCUCGUCCACGGAACUGCACCAAAUCCAUCUUCAAAGCCCGCCCAGAACGUUGGGGUGAACUAAUAACCAUGUGAAAGCAAAUUACAUACACAGAAGGCAUAUCCCCACCAAAUCAUGGUCUGAAAGUAAUCCAGCAUAAUCCGACCUGGCCAGAUCCGGUUACGGAAACCCGCCUCCGUGCAGCUCAAUCUUAGUAAAUUGUGAUUUCGUUGUUGAGAAAUUGUUGUUCUUUGUAUACUAUCCCAAUUAUUGGCGUACUUUUUAUGAUGUUCUGACCCUGACGAGUCCUCCCAGUGUCUCAUCGACUUGAUGAGAUCCAUCUGUGACCUCAACUGUGCCGUUGAUCAAUCCUCCCCAAGUAAAUUGAUUGGUGGACAAAGUCCAAUACUUUGAAAAAGUCAAAAUUGAUCCUCAAUUAUUCACUCGCUCCUUAGCCUUAAUUCUUCAAUUAAGCAGCCAACCCGAAUCGAACCUAUGUUCCUACAACCAAUGCCAAAACCUGUGCAAACGAAACACAUAUUAUAUUGCGGUUUCCCUAGUUCCUGUGUUAACAAUCAAUUCGUUCCUAUUCCGAUUUUGGUCACCCUGAAUUAACCUUGCCCAACCACUGACUUGAUAAUUUUUGGUUAUGAACCGGUUUAAUCAGCGAGGUUGACCAACUAUUGCAAAAUGAUUUUCAAAUAACUAUUAGCCGAGAAAUGAAACUUGAAAUUCCUAUUACUAUAUAGAGCAAAGCGCCAGGACUGAGACGGGCCAUUAACAGAAGUGAGUUUACGAUAGCAAAAAUUAUUGUCAAAAUUGCAAAUCUGUUCUUUAUUUACUUGGCUUUUCUGUUGGACUAACUUAGAUCAGUCAAUGAUCUCAUAUUCUUGUAAUUGGACACCAUUUACAUGACUGAUUCAAUUCUGUUCCUUUUCCACACACACACACACACACACAACCCCUCCCCACAUUCUGACUUCGUGAUCAUCCUAAUAAUUUCUCUUUCAUUUGCCGCCCUAAUUAGACAACAACAACAAACGAUAUAAAUCUGAUCCUGGUGAAACUAAAUUUAUGAUAAUUUCGAAUCUUGAACUGGUGACUGAAAUCGUUUCCAAAGAUCUAAUAGCAGUCUUACAUUUUUUUAUCAUCACAUGUAAAUACCACUUGGGUUUCCACUCGUCAUUUAUUCUCCUAUAACAAGAACUUUUGCCAUCUCUUCUAGAUUCCUCUUUUGAUUACACAUAAAGUGCCUUGGUCGCGACGACAUGAUUUCGAAUUUUCAAAGCCCUCACUCGAAGUAGCUUGGUCAAAGGUCAAGAUCGAUUUUAUGACAUGCUUCUCCUAUUUGGUAGACCUGCAAUUAUUUCCAUCAAUUCUGCAACUGAUAUGUUUUCACAUUUGUAAUGAAGUGGCAUUGACAGACAAGAAGGAGCAAGUUUAUAAUUUUGGGAUCAUGCUCUUGAUACUGGAGACUGGACUGGCUAGGUUAUUAUGAUUCAGCCAAUCCCAUUACCGACGGAUGUACCCAUCUCGGUCAAUGCUUCUCUUACUUGAUUUUCUAAAUCUUCCCCUACCCACUGAUGUUAUUCUACGAUCUAUAACAUCUUCAAAAUUCCCGAUAUUUUCCUUAUCAGACUCUUUGGGUUACUCGUUUAAUACAAACCCCACCCCCAAACCAAUAUAGGCUUGUUUUGAUUGUCUCUUUGUCUGGAUCGAUAUCUGAAACCACGAAUCCAACUCGAUCUGGUCUUGAUCAUAUCUUAACUGAUUUACUCACUUUUCCUCUUUACUGGCCAUCGGAACAACCCUUUCAAGCAUUUCGACAUCAAUAUCAUAAGCAGCAUAGUAAUAGAUGUAUGACAUGUAUUAUCACUAUUAUUAUUCUUGUUAUCAUCAUUCUGAUUAUUAUUAUCAUCAUCACCAAAUAUCAUCAAUCUAAUGAUUUCUACUACUCUUCUUCAUAUGAUUCACCGUCCCUGCCCAUUUUAACAGGGCCUCCGAAAGCAGUCUCUCUGUGGAUUUGUCGUAUGCAAAAACUUUCCAAUCUGAUGUUGUGUUUCCACGAAUUAUCUUGAUCAAGUAAUAAGAGGUACUAUAAAGAAGAAAGAACGAACCACUUUCAUGCUACCCAAACAAACAUAUUCACAUUCGCUAACAAUGGCGUAUUAGAUGAUAUAAGAAAUAAAGGUUGUUAUACAUUUCUGAGCCAAUAAACUUGUAACGACAAA